AUGGAAGACAAAUCGUCCCGUCCUUCGGAGACGCGUCCCUCGCUUCCGUUGGAACUACGCGCCGCGACACGCGAAGAGCAUCAUGCCUUGAAUACGCAAAUAGUCGCACGACUAUCUUUAUGUUUGUCUCCGCAUGUGGACAGUCCACUCGUUUACGCCAAAGGCAUGGCCUCCUUUGGCCAGAUCUAUUUUGCUUUUGAGGAAUUUCUCGCCACUUGUCGCGUGGGUGAUCGCCUAGAGCCUCGCCUCCAGGAAAUAUAUGACCGACUAUACCUGCCUCAACUUAUGCGAACCAGUCGAUUACGAGAGGAUCUUGAAUCAAUCAAGACAAGGUUAGGAGAAUCAGCGGCCAGAGAGAUCACUAUGUUAGAGGAUGAUUUCAAAGUCUACCACUCGCGGAUCCAUGAAAUACUCUCUGCAAAGCCUCACGUCCUGCUAAGCUAUACUUGGGCCAUGUAUCUCGCUUUGUUCAAUGGCGGGCGAUGGAUCCGGAAGCAGCUCGUCUCCCAAGGUUCUGACUUCUGGCGAGGAGAGCCGCUGCCGCUCUCGUUCUGGGAGUUCGGAGACAGCGGGGAUUCUGACCCCGAGGGAGAACAUCUCAAAGCAUUGUUUCAGGAACGAUUCCUGGCGGCAGCUUCGUUGCUCCGUGACGAGGAGAAGGACUAUGUUAUCAGAGAAACCCCUCGGCUGUUUGAACUCUGUUCUGAGAUUGUGCGCGAUCUACACCAAAGAUUGGCCGCUAUAACAUCAUCCACAACUCCCAUCUCUCCUUCCAAGUCCACCGAUUCUCAGGUCAGCGACUCUACCGGAGCCGUUGGGUCGGCAACGCCCUUAGCGACAGCCUGGCAGUACCUGGCAUCGUCAUAUGCAUCCCUCAGGACGACGACCAAAUGA